UUUAAAAGAAACGAACUGAACAACUAUUCGUUCAGACCAACAGCAAAUGUCAGGAUGAAGACACUUGGCUUUUUUCUACUUGCUUUGUGCUUUGCAAUUUCCCUGGCCGACAAUAACGGGCUAGAAGAAAUUGAACGUCUGAUGAAAGGUUUUGUGGAGAAGAAUGAAGAGUUGCAAGGGAGGGUUUCUGCUUUGGAAAAAGAAAACACGCUGCUUAAAUCGCAUAUGUUGCGUGAAGCUGAACAAGCUGGCGGAAUACAUGAACGCUUUGUAAUGCAGCCGAACGAUGCCGUUGCUUUUACAGCCGUUGUUAAUCCGCCCUCCCUAACACUUCUCGGCCCUGGACAGACGUUGAUCUUCGAUAACGUUAUAACCAACGUUGGUAAUGCUUUUAAGAGCGCUACUGGCGAGUUCCGAGCUCCCGUGACGGGUGUCUACGUUUUUAACUUUGCCCUCAUGAUGGACCCAGGAAUGAACGAGUAUAUCGAACUGGUUAAAGACGGCCAACACAUCAUGUGGAACUACGGACAUGCCCCUGGCUCAACUCAUUUGAUUUCCGCUAGCCGGACCGCUACCGUGGAACUGCGAGCCGGCCAAGACGUAUGGGUGAGAACGCAGAACACUUCAACCCAUGGAGGCGGUACUAUCCACGGGAACGGAUUCACCACAUUUUCGGGCUGGCUUGUAGCUUUGACCGAAGAAUAGCUGUUUGGUCGUGAAGUGUUUCAAAUCUAAAAUAAACGUGUUUGUUAAGGUUCGAUACAAAAUUGUGUUUUCGUAUAUUUAUAGUACCUAACACAUUUUAUGUCAAUAAUAAAAAGGGACAAAAUGAUAA